AUGCCGACGGUCAUUCACUCCAAGCCCGUCUCCUCCAAGAAAGAGCGGGUAGUUGGAUUCAGGAAGGACCCUGUUCAAUCUGUCUCACGCCCAGUCAACACUACCGAGAGCUGGGCACUGUACAACUUCGAGAUGCACGCUCGCAAGUGUGCAUACUGCCACGACCCGUACGAAGUCCACCGCAGCCACGAACAGCUCUGUGAACACGGACACCGCCUGGCCCAAGAAGUGGCUGCCUACAUCUACAACAAGGAAGGCAAGUCCUUUUCCACCAAGGAAGAGGACAGCAAGACUGUUCAGGUCGAGAUCCCCUCCAGUUAUGUCGAGGUCAGCGGCCUAUUGAGGGCUGUCGAACGCAGCUUGCGCCACAGGUCACGCCCGCCAUUUGUAUCAAUGGACCGCAGCUACCACGUCGCUCCUCGCACACCCACCCUGCCUCAGCGACAAAAGUCUGUCAAAGUUGAGCAUGACCAGAAGCCAAGGACUAACUACUCUCGACCGCGAUCUGGCGAGGUUGUUGAAUGGCCAGACAAGGUCGAGAUCAGCAAUACCACCAGCUCGAGGCGCGGCUCUUUGUACGAGGAGGAUCUCGCCAAGAAGCGAUGCUACGCAAAAUACAAUGUCGAAGUCCGGGAGCCCUCUGCUCGCGACUUGCGUGAGCACCGACUGUCUGGCUACUACCGCUGA